UCUCUAUGUGCCAAUCAUUUCAGCAGCUCUCGACUACUGUGAGAUCCCACACUUACACAGAAAAUGAAUGGUGACAAAAAGGUAACACUCAUGGGGGACCUUUUCAAUUUUAGUGUCUUGGAGGACUUAUACAAUUACAGCUACAUCUUGAAUGGUGAAGGAACUGUGUGUGGUCAGGAGGCUAGCAUGUACUUUGAUUCCAUUUUUAUUCCGGUCCUUUACUCUCUGGCGCUGGUAGUGGGGCUGGUUGGAAAUGGGCUGGUUCUGGUGGUACUGUGGAAGAAGAGGAUGAGCUUGAAUGUUACCGACGUCUUCAUCCUCCAUCUGUGCUUAGCAGACAUUCUGCUGCUGCUAACGCUGCCCUUCUGGGCUGUAGAGGCAGUGAAGGGAUGGAUCUUCGACACAGUGCUCUGCAAGCUGACUGGAGCUCUGUUCAAGAUCAAUUUCUACUGUGGCAUUUUCAUGCUGUCCUGCAUCAGUCUUGACCGCUACCUGUCCAUCGUCCACGCAGUGCAGAUGUAUUCUCGUAAAAAGCCAAUGGUGACUCACUGUUGCUGCCUGAUGGUCUGGCUCUUCUGCCUUCUGCUCUCCAUUCCUGAUUGGAAAUUCCUUGUGGCCACUGAGGACUCCAGACGUCAGGAUAAAACACAAUGUGUUCCAGAUUACCAGUCUGGUUCUUGGCUUCUGGUCACUCGGCUGCUCUACCAUAUUUUGGGUUUCAUUCUUCCAGCACUAAUAAUGCUGUUCUGUUACUCUUGCAUACUGCUGCGGCUGCGGCGUGGCUCCCAGUGCAUGCAGAAGAAGAGGGCCAUCCGUGUCAUCAUAGCCCUGGUACUGGCCUUCUUCAUCAGCUGGACGCCCUACAACAUCACCCUUAUUGUUGACACCAUACAAACCAACUGGACCCUCAAUACCAGUAACCAAACAUCCUGUGAAAGUGCCACAGCACUAGAUGUAGCUCUCACAGCUACUUCAACAUUGGGCUACUUACACUGCUGUGUCAACCCAGUGCUUUACGCUUUUGUGGGGGUGAAAUUUCGCCAGCACCUGCUGGACAUGCUGAGACCACUGGGCUUCACGCUGAAGGUCCCAGCAGGUCUGGUGUCACGGAAGAGCUCUGUAUGGUCAGAGUCAGUGGACACCUCACACACGUCUGCUUUCUGAAACAAUCACACUGAUAUAUGUACAAUCAGUCAGCAUGUCAUCUUUUUAUGCAAACUUUAACAUCUGUAUCAGUCAGAGGAGUUUGGCUUUAAUUAUGCAAGCAUUGCCGUUCACACCAAGGAUGAUGACUAUAACAAUAACUAGUCUUAAUAAUCAUUAUAAUUGUAUGAGAGUACUGAAGUCCACACCACCAAUCAUUGGAAUCACUUUAAAAAUGAUUUUCUAGUUGAUGAAUGAGAAAAAACUUUGACUGCCAAUCAGAAUUCAUGCAACUUUAAAGAGCUUGAGCAUUUAAAGCUGCAGACGACAAAACUGUAGUGCACAUUUAUAAUAAAUUUCAUUGUUCAUUGGUGUGGACACUAAUAGUUAUCUUCAUAGUUAUCCUUAUAUUUAUCGUUCUUGGAGUGAACAGAUCUUAAGUCUCAUGACAGUGCUUUUUAGUAUGCACAUGAAUAUAGAGCAGUCUUGUUUAAUCUUACUUUCAGAUAUUUCUCUUUGCACAUGUGACAGCUACUGUAAUUUCUCAACUGUUUUGCAUUUCUCAAGCAUACUGACUCCUUACAGCUCACACAUUUUAGGGAGAGAUAAAAAGUUUAUAUUUUUGCCAUGGCAGUUUUUUCCAAUAAAUCAGACUUUU